GCUGCGUGCCCCGAUCGAUCUGUGGACCGCCUCAACUUCUCGCCGCACAGCUUCACAGUCUGUCAACGCCGUUCCAAAUUCAAACAUCCGUCAAUACUCCAGCCAGUGUUAUGUAUUUUUAAAUUAUCAUAGACAACUUUUUUUAUCCUAUCAGAUCUUUUUGGUGUUAUGUGCUAGUUUUGUCUAAUAAUGGAGGGGCGGAGGACCUGGGAAGGAGUGCCUCUGGGCGAGUCGCACUCUCCUCCGCAGUCGGUGCCGGGUAGACGGACGCCGCUCGGUGCUGUCGGCCUCGGCGGCUUUUAUAUGCAAGGAGGCCAGCCUCCGCCUCCGCAGCAUUGCUACCCUAGUGAUGAAAACCAACCGGAGCCGGGAACCAGUUAUGGGCAGAGAGCUAUAGGUGAAGGAAAAUCGAAACAGAAAAUAAGACAAGGAAAAACCGUACGCCUAAAUAUAAACGCCCGAGAGCGACGAAGAAUGCACGAUUUAAACGAUGCGCUAGAUGAGCUUCGCAGCGUUAUACCGUACGCACAUUCGCCGUCCGUCCGGAAGCUGUCCAAAAUAGCAACACUGCUAUUAGCCAAAAACUACAUCCUUAUGCAGGCGAGUGCACUUGAGGAACUACGAAGGUUAGUAGCGUACUUGCAAGGCACGGCAACCGCUGCUGGUAUAGUGCCACCCCCCGGGUUCGACUUGGCUAGUUUGCCGGCAGCUGCAAAGCUUCUGCAGCCACCAACAACUGGACUGCCCGCUCCUCCAGAUCCCCCAUCUUGAGCAGUGAACCGUUCAACCAGCCAAUAAGUCAUACUUUAAGUAACUUAAGAUAACUAGUUAGGUAACUGUGAGUAAGUAGGUAGGUAUUUAGUUAUUUACGUAUUCGAAAAGGAAGUCUAAUUUACCAUAAAGUAAUUGUUUUCAAAGAAUAAAGACUUUGAUCCCCCGCAGAAAUCAAAAAUUGGAAAUGAGUGAGGUACUUAACUAUACUAUUUACUAAAAUCUGCUAUCCGAAAAGGUAGUAGAGUACCUAUUCACUGACAGACUUGUUAAAAAGUACCUAUCUAUUUUUAUAGGAACUUCUAUCAAUUUGAUUUUACGGUCACGUUCAAAAAGUAACGGCAGGAGAAAUACCAGCUGAAUAAAGAUUUUAUUUCAAAAAAUACUUGUUCAGGUAUACCUACCUACCUAACUACUUAAUUUUUGCAAGAAAUCUGAGAUUUACCAACCUAUUCAUAUUUAAUCUAAGAAUACCUGGCCUUUGGAGCAUUUCUUCGAAGACAGUAGAUAAUUUUAUUUAAGAAAAAAAUUUAACUAGAGUUUGGCUAAUGAAAGUAGAGACUGAAAUCGACC